AUGGCCCACGGCUACAUCGACUCGGUCGCGGUGCCGCUCCACCUCCCUCCAUCCGCAUACCAGCCUCAGGGCGGGGCGAAGGGCGGGAACAAGGGCAAGGGGAAAGAAGUGGCCGCGUCAGGCGAUGCUACGACUCGGGAAUACGACGUGGUAGGGAGCUGGACCGCUCAGGAGCGCGAGGAGAUGCAGCGCAAGGUCGCAAUGGCCAGUCUCCUCGGCUACUCGACGCUUCUCCUCACCAUCUCGAUCCCUCCGACCUUUGACCCUUCCCUGCUCUCGUUUCCGACCCCUCUCUUCCCUCAACUCGACCCUCGAACGGCUCCGCCGGGCACCGAAGGCCUCGUGAUGCAGAUGUGGCGGAUCAACGUCGAGAACUAUGGCGACGAGGCGGUCAAGGGUGCUGGACAGAAGGGUUGGUAUGGCUUUGCCAACUCGACCGCGCAUCUCUACCCUCCCCAGACGACCCUCCUCUCCGUCAGCCCGACAAAUCUCUCGUCCUUCUCCCACGUCGCGCUCUCCCUUUCCCCACCGACUCCCUUCGCACCAACACUCAUCACCAUCGACCCCUCUAUCUCACCUCGACUACCCUUCCCGCUCAAGCGCGGCAUGAUCUCGUCUCUCGCGCGCUCGGGAGUCUGCUUCGAGCUGAUCCUGCGCGGCGUGACGAGGCUCGACCAGGAAGGCGAGCAACCUGGUGAUUCGGGCAAGCGGAGACGGAACUGGAUCGCGGGCGCGAGGGAGGUUGUCAGGGCGACGGAGGGGAAGGGGGUCGUCGUCUCGAGUGGAGCGGUGAGGGCGGGCGAGAUGCGCGGGACGGAGGAUUUGAUCAACCUCUGCUCGUUGAUCGGGAUGCCUCCAGCGCAAGCCAAAGACGCGCUGACCGUUAACCCGCAAAGGGCGAUCAUGCGUGGACUCUCGCUGCGACAGACCUAUCGAGGCGUCAUCUCGAACCCGACUCUCACAACCUACUCUCCCGCCGGCCCCGUCUCCUCAGCACUCGCUUCCACGAUUCCCGAAGCCUCAGCGAAGAAACGACCGGUGACAGAUAUCGCAGCGAGUGCGGCGGGUACUGGUGGAACAGAUGGGAAGAAGGUGAAGAAGAAGCGGAAGGAGGGCGGGUCGUAG